AUGACGAUUCAAGUCUUUCCCACUGGCUACUAUGUCAAUUCUAUCGUUCGAUUUCUGGACACAAUUGAUUACAACGACACCAACUAUACAACAGAGGAACGUAUAGCCAAGCUUGCCUAUGCGUACACAAAGACAGCCAAGCACUUUGCCCACCCCGACAGACAGAGGGAAAUCAAAGUGAGCCCAAGAAAGCUUCAAGCCUCUCUCCAAACUAUUGUUGCCAUGGUAGUGUACAGUUGGGCCACAGCCUCAGAAGAAGUCAUGGCAGACCUGAGUAUUCAUUACACGUAUAUGCUCAUUCUCGAUGACAGUCAUGACGAUCCUUCUGAGAGUAUGGAGUCAUUUUAUGACAACAUGCUUGCAGGUCGAGCUCAAGAGCACCCGUGGUGGCAAAUGGUGAAUGGACAGUUCCCCCAGGUCCUUCGGCAUUACGGUCCCUAUUGCGGCCUUAACAUGAUUCGAUCAACUACAGACUUUUUUCAAGGCUGUUGGGUUGAGCAGCACAACUUUAUGGGCUUCCCCGGGUCCUUUGACUACCCUACAUUCUUGAGACGAAUGAAUGGUUUGGGACACUGCGUUGGUGGCUCUAUGUUUCCAAAAGAGCGCUUUGACGAGAGAGAACUGUUCACAGAAAUCACAGCUGUCAUUGCACAGAUGGAAAACUGGAUGGUUUUUGUCAACGAUCUACUCUCCUUCUACAAGGAGUUUGAUGAGCCUCGUGACCAGACAAGUCUGGUUAACAACUAUGCUCGUUGUAACGAGAUUAUCCUGGAGGAUGCUCUGGAAAUUGUGACUAAGGACACCAUUCGAGACUCGGAACAGCUCCUUGCUGUCUUUCGCGACAAAGACCCCAAAAUCCUCCACACGCUGCGCACAUUUAUUCAGGGUUACGUCACCUGGCAUCUCUGCGACCCUCGAUAUCGACUACAGGAGCUGACUACCUUGCUCACGGGUCAGACUGGGGCUUCAGCCAAGCUUCACAGCUAUUUGCAAUCUGCAAAGACAGUCGGAUCCGUUGACUCCAAAACUUGGGCGUAUCCUAGCGUGGCAUCUUUUGCCGCUGAAUAUGAAGCAAAGUCCUUCUCAGAAGCAAUUUGGGCUCCGAAAUAUGCGACUGUCGAAGCCUUGUUAGCUCAAGAGCUACAAGACAAGGAAGAUGCCACGGUGUUCCCUCUCGAGCAGAAAUCGACCCCAACCCAAUCCAAUUGCAGAGAAAAAGCAUCGUACACAUUAUCCAAGUUCCGUCUGCCAGAGAGUCAAGAGGCAGGAAUGUCGUUUCCUAAUAUUGUUCAUGCAGCAUGGGCAAUUUUAGUGGCUCAAGAGACCCACGCAAAUUCUGUCGCUUUUGCCAUAUCAACCUCAGGCCAACAUCCCAUUCCAAAAUUCGUCCGCAUGAAUGGUGAUCUUCCUGUUCGCAGCUUUCUUCAUGAUAUUCAGGAAGCAACUAUUAGGAGUCUGCCAUUAACCACAUUCAAACUCCAAAAAUCGGGUAGAAUUUCACUCGACGGUCUUAACACCUUGGUUCUGGUUGACGAAUUCGAUGAAGUCAUGGAAAAUCCAAUCAUCAAUCUACCUGAAAAUCCGCGCGAUGAAGUUGAAUCAUCAUUCCCGCUCAUUAUUCGGGUGUCCACCACUUGCCUUGGCAUUCACAUGGCCGCGGACCUCGAUACGCGAUACAUUGAAAAGUCAACAAUGUCUAGAAUCUUUGCGCAACUCUCCUUCAUUCUGAAGCAGUUAUGUGAUAACUACUCAAAGGGCACUGCUUUGAGCAAUAUGAGUUUCUGUAGUCCUACAGAUCUAGCGGAGAUCUUGGCAUGGAACAGCGUCAGCCAUGACCCAGUAGAAGACUGCAUCCAUUGGCAGUUUUCGAACCAAGUCAAACUUCAGCCUGAAGCAGAGGCAAUCUCGGCUUGGGACAGAUGCUUCAACUAUCGGGAUCUGGAUACCUUGACAGCUCAGCUAGCAGCACACCUUCAGUCAUUACCACACCCAGUGGGCCCGGGUGUUACAGUACCCAUUUGUUUUCCCAAGUCUGCAUACGCUGUCGUGGCUAUGUUAGCAGUCCUUCGCGCUGGUGGUUCAUAUGCGCCUAUGGAUCCAGCCUAUCCACAGAGCCGUAUUUUUGAGAUACUUGGUCAACUUGAAUCAACUACUGUCUUGGUAUCACCUGAGAACAGUCAUUUGUUUGAUGGAACUAUUGCGGAACAGAUUCUCGAAGUAUCAGAGUCCACACUCCUGACUUUGGCUACCGAUAGGACACACUCUUCAUCAAUUGAACAGGACACAGUCAAGCCUUCUGAUCCAUGCAUGAUUUUAUUCACAUCUGGGAGUACUGGAAAACCCAAGGGCAUAGUUCUCGAGCACAAGUCUGUUUGCAAGGUCUUCCAGGAACAUGGGAAGGCCUCCGGCUUCCGACGAGGCAUGCGAACACUGCAAUUUUCCGCCCAUACAUACGAUGUAUGCCAUGGUGAAAUAUUUGAGACUCUUUAUUGGGGUGGCACUGUGUGUAUCCCAUCAGAAGAGGAUCGGAUGAGUGACAUUGCCGGGUUUGUUAACCGUCACAACGUUGACUGGGCAUGCUUGACACCGUCAGUGGCCGGCCUCUUAGACCCUGCAAAAAUGCCAUGUCUCAAGACCCUUGGCCUUGGAGGUGAAGCUGUACCAGGUGAAGUUUUGCACUUGUGGAAAGACUAUGUUCGCAUUGUUUUGAUGUACGGGCCAUCUGAAUGCAGCAUCUACACCUCGGCCAAAGACCUAGAGACAGAUGCCGAUAUCGGUACUCUUGGCAUUGGCCGUGGUUGUUCAUUGUGGAUUGUCGACCCCCAAAACCACAAUAAUCUCAUGCCUGUCGGCGCUGUUGGAGAGCUGGUGAUUGAAGGACCCAUCGUUGCUCGCGAGUACCUCAAGAACCCAGAGCUGUCAAAAAAGGUAUUCAUCCAAAACCCGGAAUGGCAAGCCGAGCAGAACAAGACAAGUCAUUCCCCACGCCGUUAUUGCAAGACUGGAGAUUUGGUACGUUAUGAUCCAAAUGGCGCAGUACGGUUCGUGGGCCGAAAGGACACCAUGCUGAAAUUGCGAGGUCAACGACUGGAACUUGGUGAUGUGGAGAUUCAUCUCAAGCUUGCAUUCCCAAAGGCCAGGGCGGUUUAUCCUACCAUAAUUGCUCCUGAAGCUUUGGGUACAGCAAAACAUUUGACAGGCUUCAUCCUUCUAGAAAAAAUGGAGCAGAUCUUUGAAAAAAGACUCGAAACCCAUGGAUUUGACCAUCCGGGAAUAUACACAGCUAUUAUUGGCAGCGAAAAGUGGCGGCUUAUGGUGGAAGAAGCUCAGGCUAUCUUGUCGAAGGCUCUCCCUCAACACAUGAUUCCCACAAUGUAUAUCCCUAUGCUCCAGCUACCUCUCAGUGCAUCUAUGAAAACCGACCAGAAGCGGCUGCACCAGCUUGGAGCAUCUUUGACGCUGGAUCAGUUAACCCUGCUCAACACAGCCACAGCCCCAAAGCUAUCGACUUUCCAGCGGGAGAUGUCCAAUGAAGAAAAGAUUCUGCAGUCUCUCUGGGAAUCGGUUCUCGGUCGCGAAAAGAGUCGCAUAGGCCCAGAUGCUCACUUCUUUCAUUUGGGCGGACAUUCAGUCCUUGCUAUGAGUCUUGUACGACUCGCCAGGGAUUCUGGAUAUGCCAUCACAUACAAGGAUGUCUUUCAAACACCGGUUUUGGCCGAGUUGUCUAAGAUUAUGACCAAACUUAUUCGUGAAGAGUCAAGUCAAAACAACGUGAAGCCGUUCUCACUUCUGAAACAAAUCGGCAACCAUGACGAUCUUCGUCAGGAAAUCUCUCAGCAGCUGAAGAUUGAGCCAUCAAAUAUCGAAGACGUACUGCCUUGCACACCAUUUCAAGAAGCUUUGAUUUCAAGCACAGUCAGACAACCAGGGAGUUAUGUAGCGCGCAGCGCAUUUCGCCUGCAGCCACAUGUUGAUAUGUCACGGCUGCAGUUGGCAUGUGAAAGCCUUGUAUCAUCGAUACCAGCUCUCCGAACAAGGAUUGUUGAUCUACCAGGCCAUGGAUUUUUGCAGGUUGUUGUUGAUGAACCUCUGAGUUGGCUACAGCAUGACGACUUAGAUCGAGCUUCUGUUGGACUCGGCACACCUCUAACAUUCUUUGAGCUAUCCAAAGACACAACUGGCUCAUACCUCCUUUGGACUCUCCACCAUGCCGUUUACGAUGGACACUCUCUCCCGUUGAUGCUUGAGAGCCUUGAGUCCUUGUAUAGCAAGGGGUCUAUCUCAUUUUCGCCAACACCAUUCCCAAUUUUUAUUGAGCACAUCACGAAGCAGCGAGGACUGGACGAUGCACAUCAAUUCUGGAAGAGCCAGUUUUCUGGAGAUUUUGAAUCGUCACGUUUCCUUGGACUCCCCUUGCCAAACUUUGCUCCCUUUGCAAACAGCUCGAAGGAACAUUGCAUUACGGAUAUUUCGUGGCCUAUGGCAGAUGUGACCCCUGCCACAAUUGUGCGUACUGCCUGGGCUGUACUGCAAUCCCAGUACACAGGCUCGCAUGAUGUACUCUUUGGGGCAACUGUGAGUGGCCGUCAGACCCUAAUGCCAGGGGUAGACUCCGUGGUAGCUCCCACUAUGGCGACUGUACCCGUGCGCAUCCAGCUCGACCACAGUUUGAGCGUGGAAGAUAUCCAGCGCAGAAUUCAGACUCAGGCGUUGGAGAUGCAUUCUUAUGAGCAGAUUGGACUGCCUGAUAUCAGACGCAUUUCUCCUGCUGCAGAGCAUGCUUGUCAAUUCCAGACUCUGCUUAUUGUUCAACCCGUUUCUGAAGACAUGAAUCGCAUCUCUGAAUUAUUCAAAUAUAAAGAAGACACUGCAUCUGACUCCCCCGUGCAUCAUAGCUUCACCCAUGAAGCUAAAGAUCAUGCUUUGAUCUUUGAAUGCCAGUUAGAACGGGAGGGUGUCAAGGUCCACGUCAACUUUGACCAUCGAUUUAUUUCUGACCUACAUGUGGGAAGACUUGUCGCUCAGUUUGAUCACAUUCUACAUCAACUCUGUGAUAAAAGGAUGCGUCAUAGUACGCUAUCUGAUCUAAACCUCUUGAGCCCGGAGGAUCUGACUCAGAUUUGGAAAUGGAACGCUCAUCUUCCCGAGAGAAUCGAAGAAUGUGUGCAUAACAUUAUCCAAUGCAAAGCCAAAGAGCAGCCAGAUGCCUCAGCAAUCGAUGCUUGGGAUGGAAGAAUGACCUACCAAGAGCUCGAUUCCAAAUCCACAUUGCUGGCACAGCACAUGAUUCAGCACUUCGGUUCAUGCGUCGGCAAGGUUGUUCCGUUGUUCUUUGCAAAGUCCAUGUGGGUACCCGUCGCUGCCUUGGCUGUGAUGAAAGCAGGAGGCGCCUCUCUGCUGCUGGAUACAGCGCAGCCAAACGAAAGAAUUCGAGCUAUUAUUGAUCAAAUCACCCCAGCAUUCAUCAUUUCCUCUGUCACGGAGCGGGAAAGGGCUCUGAAAGUUGAUGGCAACAAGCUUCUUGUUCUUGGGGAAGAGCAGAUGAAUCAAAUUUGCUUUACUCCCAGAGCAUCUGACAUAGACCUGCCGAAUGUCCCCUCUUCAAGCUUGCUUUACCUUACAUUUACAUCUGGUAGUACCGGUACUCCUAAAGGAGUUCGAAUCAGUCACGCCAAUUUUGCCAGUGCACUGCAUCAUCAGAAGGGGCGCAUUGGAUACGACGAACAUUCGAGAGUGUAUGAUUUCGCCUCAUAUUCUUUUGACAUUUCCUGGUCCAAUAUCAUCCAUACCCUGGCUUAUGGAGGCUGCAUCUGCAUUCCUUCCCUAGAGGAGCGUGACAAUAACCUCGUGGGCUCCAUGCAGCGUCUCAAAGCGAAUGCGGCCAAUCUGACUGAUAGUGUUCUCGCUCUCCUGAAACCCUCAUCCCUGCCACUCAUGAAGAAUCUCAUCUCAGCUGGUGAAGCCAGCAAGCCGACAACAAUCGAAAAAUGGAGCUCUGCUGUCUCUUUGUAUCAGAUAUAUGGUCCUGCAGAGUGCACUCCUCUCAGUACAGGACAGCUGACUGAGCAUGGGUCAACUUCAGCCACCAUGGGAACUGGAUUGGGCUUCAACACCUGGGUGGUUGAUGCAUCAGGUCAAAAGCUUGCACCACUGGGAGUUGUCGGAGAACUUUGGCUGGAGGGGCCUGGUGUGGGCUUGGGCUACGCCCAAGAUUCCAGUAAAGAGGCACAAGCUUUUGUUGUCGAUCCACCAUGGCUUCUCACUGGCUCCGCCUCCAUCCCUGGUCGGUGUGGACGAUGCUACAGAACCGGAGACUUGGUAAAAUAUCAUGAAAAUGGUGCCUUGGAGCAUAUGGGACGCAAGGACAGCCAGGUUAAGAUCCGCGGACAACGAGUUGAGUUGGCAGAGGUUGAGCAUCAGAUUCAUCGCGGUCUAUUGGCACUGGGGAAGGAUUUCAAUCCUCAGAUUGCUGCAGACGUUGUCAUCCCCAAAAACUCAACUGAACCGACUCUGGUGGCCUUUUUGAGUCGAGCAUGGAGCAUCAAAGACACAGAAUGGGAAGCAAACCUGGUCAAAAUGGGUGAUCGUCUUAAUGCAUGGCUGGCAGAUUCACUUCCAGCAUACAUGAUCCCAUCAGGUUAUGUUGCUGUAGAGGAUUGGCCUGUUUCUGGCACCAAGAAGCUGGACAGGAGACGGCUGCGUGAGCUCGGUACUCAGAAGACUUUUCAAGAACUCCAAGCUUCAGGCCAAGGGUCCGCAGAGCCAGCUCCAGCUGAGGAAACCAUGACUGCAGCCGAGAUACGUUUACGGGCACUCUGGGCCAUUGUGUUGAAGGUUGACAUGAACACCAUCCAAAGCAAAGACAACUUCCUGAGAGUUGGAGGUGACUCCAUCAAAGCUGUUCGUUUGGUAUCUGCAGCUCGCAAGCAAUCUCUAGUGCUCAGUGUGGCCAAGAUACUCAAGCAUCCAAGGCUCAGCGACAUGGCUUUGAGUAUGACGGAAGGCAAAGAUGUGACUUAUACUGAGCCUGAGCCCUUCAGUCUUCUGAAUGGUGGAAGUGCUUCAUUUGAAAGUGUGCUGGAGGAUAUUGGUUCGGUCUUGGAUUUUCCGACAAACCAAGUGCGAGACAUUGCCCCGACCACGUACACUCAAGCACUAUGCGUCGAUGCUGCUACAUACUCACCGCCGCAGGGCUGCUUUGUCUUCCACGUUGAUAUUCCAGAGGAGAUUCCUCUACAAUCAAUCCUUGACUUUGCUCAAAUGCUGUGGGACCGGGUGGAAAUUUUCAGAACUGUUUUUGCCAGAUCGGAAUCUGGAGACCUCUUACAAGUGAUACCUGAAGGACUCACCGUUCCACUUGAAACACACGAAGUUGGUGAAGGGGCCACUCUGGACGAUGCUGCAGCAGAAAUCUUUGAGGAAAGUCUUCAGCCACCUCUGGAAAUGGGAGCUGUCUAUGUCAAGUUUAUGUUGAUUCAUGGUCAUGGGAAGCCAAGGAGAUUUGGAUUCCGUGUCUCUCACGGGCACUUUGAUGGAGUCAGUUUGAUUCCAAUUUUGGCCUGUCUUGCUGCAACCUUACAAAAUCGCGAGUGGCCGAACAUUCCGAAGUUUGUCGGCUACAUUGGUUAUGUUCGCAAGCAGGACGCGAAGACCAUUGAGCAUUGGAAAAAAGCUCUUCGGGGAUCAAAGCCCAUGGCACUUGAUCCAACUGGAGAGCAAAGUCGUAUUAUAACACGCACCAAAGUCAUCGCAUCUCCUCCAAACAUCCCCGACUUCACCGCAGCCAAUAUCUUCCUUGCUGCUUGCACAGAGGCAUUAGCUCAACUCCAUGACACAUCUGAUGUGAAUGCUUCAUUGACAGUAUCCGGGCGAACCAUGCUGCCUGGUGGUUUGGACAAUGUCAUUGGGCCAUGUCUCAACCAGAUCCCCUUACGAGUUUCUCUGCCAGCUGAUCGGACUUUUGAAAAAACCCUCGCCAUGGUCCAACAAGCUCAGCUGGAUGCUUUACCAGCCGAGGUUGCUACUUCUGAGAGCAUCUACAAGACUUGUGCUGAGGAUUGGCCUGUCCAUCAACGCAAGAUGUUCUAUAACGUGCAAUUCCACAAUGUCAUCUUCCCAUCUAUUGAUUUGCUGGGUGACGGAGUCAAGACACCUUUGAAGGUGCAUGGUCCAACCGGGGUGUGGGAUCAUUCGGAGGAAGUCUGGGUAAUUGCCAGACCAGUGGGAGAGACCUGGCACAUUGCUCUUAGUGCAAACGCUUCGAAUUGUACUCCGGAGCAUUUGGAGAAGGUUGGAGAUACAAUCGCCUGUAUCUUAGAUUCGCCAGAUCAUUAG